AUGUAUCAUGUGGCUGAAAUGGUACGUGAUGCUCGACAUGACAUGGCUACACGUCACGAUGAUACUUCUCAUGGUUUUCUAUGGAACACACUCGCAGCUUUUACGCCAUUUCCCUUUUUAUUCUCGUUAUGUGGUCAAAUUUCGAGCAGUCUCGUCCGUCGAGCUCCUGAGUUAGUAAAACAAGCAGCAGGUGCAACACGUGACUGUGUUGUUGAUGCUGCAAGUCAUUCCCAUGAUCAAAUGGUCGAGUUACGUCUCACAUGCACACGAACAGGUCAACGAGUUUUCUAUCGGAUGAAAAGUCAAGUUGAAACGGCCAAACUUCCAUCGCUAUUGAUCCCAGUACAACAUCAAGUAGCUGUCCCUCUUUUACGUGGAAUGGAAGGCUUGGCUCAAUUUGUCACAAGUGAAGAAUUACCGGAACUUUAUUUUGUUGCCAAGAAUUCCAUGCGACGCAGUUUUUUGCUACGACAUUUAGUACUGCCACCAUUGGGAGCAGCGGAGAGUGUUGUGCGAUACGUUGUUAUUUUUCCAAGUUAUAUUGUGUUUCCAUCUCGAGCUGAGAUUGAAAACAGGACGGAUUUAUUCUUGGAAGGAAGUACAACGCGUGUACAAUCGUUGGUGGAACAUUUGUACUCGGCUACUGAAGUAUUGGACCAGCAUUUGAGUAUGGUUCAGUGGAAUAUCCUUGGACGAGGACCGUACGAGUCACUGAGUGUUGCUAGACGCAGUGAAGUGAUCCGAUCUGUUCAUCAGAGAAUGCGCACCAUUGCGUCACAUUUUAAACUGUUUGAGUUUUUAGCCACUAUCAAGUUGCAGAAUGAAAUGCUGUACGGUGACUUGCAGCGCGAGUUUCCCGAUGUAGGCGGUGUCCCACUCACGCCAAAGCAGAUAGCGUCCAACAAAAUCCUGACCGUUGAGCUGGCUGAGCAAGAUGAGAACACCUUUCCCAUCUGGUUUUACAAGAAGAUUGAUGUCUCCAGUGGUAACGGACAAGUCCUACCCAGCGGACUGAACAAACGUAGCAAAGCGAUCCCUUCAGAUACACGCCACGCAGCGAAUCCGAACCAAUCUACUCAGCUUAAUUCUAACCCGACCACUACAGGUGCAGGCGGAUCGGGCGGUUGGAUUGAGUUUCCUGCACACGAGGGCCGUCGUCUUGAACGGAAGUUUCGGUGGUAUCAGCGGCAGAAGAGCAAGGUGGCCGGUCCGAUCGGACCUUCUAGAAUUGUUCUGGUGGAUGAAGGUCGCCAUGAGGUGGACUUGGAGACUAUGCGCAUGAUGCCAGUGUACUGGCCAGCUCUCGAGGAAAUUGCCGUGUGCCGCUCUCGCUGGGUCUUCGCCCAGCGUAAUUACGGUCUGGCUCCAUACAAUCCAGAAGCCGCAGCUGUGUUAGAAAGCGCUUUCGUGUAUUACUUGGGGUUGUACCCGCUUGAAAAACAACGAUUGAUGGAUAUUGAGGCAAAAAAGCCGCGCGGCUUGUUUAGCUCCCGCAACAGUCUCAAUGAGGCAGUUCUGGCAGCUCGCGUGGAGAAAGAUUGCACGCUUAGAAUCCCGGUCGAAGGACAUCUCGUUGAGUUUAAAGGUGCACAAGAUAUAAUGCAGUACAAACGCUUGCUAGCAGGCACAACGUCUUUUACAAGUAAGCGCCGUGUUUAUCGCGGAGACCCGCGCGUGCGUGCUGAUCCCACCAAUCUGCAGCUUUGGAAGGAUGCUAUGGAGUGCAACGUCUUGACUAGUGAACCACUGAAGGUGACCGAAGAUGACAAAGAUAUUGAAGAGGAGAUUGAACAUCUUGUGCUCAUUGUGCACGGCAUCGGCGAUGCGCUUAAGACGCUUGACUUGAUUAACGUUGUGUCGUUGCGCUCUAUUAUUGAUUGUUCAACAACGCUGCGGGAGCUGAACCGUGAGGCUCUUCGGUCCGCGCAUUUUGCUCACUUGGGUGGCAAGGACGCUGAAAAAAAUGCUAAGGGCGACGACAAGGCAGCUUCGCGCCGACCAUGCGUGGAAUUCCUGCCCAUCGAGUGGCACUCAAAACUACACAUGGAAGGCCUGGACCAGCUUAUUCGCGAUGUGACAUUGCCAGCGAUUCCGAAGCUUCGUGAGCUAGCUAACGACACAGUGUUGGAUGUACUGUUCUUUAUGUCGCCACUCUUUCACCAGGUCAUCUUGGACGAAGUCGCCAAGGAGAUGAAUCGCGUGUUCUUGCUAUUUCAGUCUCGCCACCCGGGCUGGAUGGAACCGCGUGCUUCCGGAAAGAAGCGCAAGAAAGUGUCAAUAAUUGCUCACUCACUGGGUUCCAUCAUCUGCUUUGACAUUCUGAAUCACCAAGAUGUCUACAUGCAGCAACCGCGAAGCACGCCGUGUACUGAUGACGAAGGCGGUAGCGACGAAGAAGACGUGGCAAUCGGGAACAGCCGUGAGAGCAAGGAUGAUAGCAACAUGUGUACCGGGAACGAUGGAGAUGCAGAAUUGCUGACUGACAAUAUGUUUGGAUUCGACGCCGCCGUUGCGAACACAACGUUAAAGCGGCGCUCACGGUCGAUGUUGGAAAUGUCAAAUACGAACCGCACGUGCGACCAAGAAAAUGCUUGCCAGAAAAGUCAAGAAGCGUCCUCUAAGACACCAACUACUGGCCGCACUGGCCGGAAAAAGUCUUCGACGACGCCUCGCCACAAGAAGACAAUGCCUAAAAAGACCAAAUUUGCGAAGAAGCAUAAGGCCUCUGGAUGUGCUACUGCUCAACCUGCAGGCAUUGGUGCUGUUUCGCUGGUGCCAAAGCUUGCAUUUGACGUAGAAGACCUCUUUUGCUUUGGGUCUCCAGUGGGUCUUUUUCUGAAUGUGCGGGGACAGAAGCUGAACCGAGAGUUCCAGCUCCCUCGCUGCCGGCGGUUGUUUAACAUCUAUCACCCGUACGACCCGGUGGCUUACCGUAUUGAGCCCAUAUUGAAUCCUGCACGUGCGUACUCAAAGGCUACAAUCAUCCGUACGUUCGAGGGUAAGCUGCGAUUCCAGUAUCAACUACGCAAUUCGUUCCGUGCCAUGUGGGCUUCUCUUCGUCACUGGCGUCGUGACUUCGAGCAUCAGGUACUUGCUGGCGCACAUAGUGUGGGGCUCGUGGAAAGUCCCGCAUCAACGACGCCGCUGUCUGAUGCGCUGGCGGUUGUAACGCAACCGUAUCAAGGGCAACAAUUCCGUCUAGGAGAGGAGACUCGGGGUGAGCAGCAAAGAGAGGAGCGGGAAGGCGAUGAAAGUAUCGAGAAUGUAGCAGUUUUUGGUCGAUUAUGUCAAGGACUGCCCAUUGAUUAUUCUCUGCAAGAGAAUGAGAUCGAGAUUGCGAACGAGUAUUUAUUUGCAUUGACGGCACACGUCAUUUAUUGGAGCAACCGUGACGCGAGUCUGUUUGUAGCGCAGAAACUCAUUUUGGAACCGGCCAUUGAAAAUUGGCCUGCUAGUGAACAUGAGGUGACACUGGAGGGUUCAGAUUACGAGACGGCUGCUAAAUGUGAGCAAAGUGGCAGUGACGAAGUAGCGACAUGUAGUGAACAUGGAGAUGAUACAAAGGUGCAGGAAAAAGAGGAGGCAACAGCUUCGUCAGAAGUGUUUUUGGACGGUGAGUUGGAUGUCCCAAAGUGUUGA